CCAGCUGGUGCCCGAGAUCAGCUGAGACUCAAAUUUUGCCACAAUGAAGACUUUUGGCAUCUUUGCUACCCUUGCGGUUCUGGCAACACUCGCAAGCUCAGCUUUCAUCGGAGGCUACGGCCCUGGCUAUAGUGGAAGUGGCCCCGCCUACGGGUUGGGUCACAUUGGCUAUGGCCUUGGUUAUGGCCUCGGCUAUGGACUUGGCUAUGGACUCGGAUAUAGCAGCUAUGGUCUCGGCUACGGUGGUUAUGGUCCUGGCUACGGCUACGGGCUGGGAUACGGCUAUGGAUUCAAGUAUUAGAAGAAAGAAAAUAUAUAAAGUGGAGGAACAUGGUUGUCUUCGUCCGUUCUACACCCCUCAGCGAUAAAUUGUCAAACAACGUUAAUAAAAUGCCAUUUAUAUUUUACGAUAA